UGCCGCGCCGCGCUGCGUCUCCCGCUCGCCUCGUCGAAGCGGCUCCGACCAAGCCCCGGGCGCGGCGGAGGGAGAGCUAGGCGGGGACGGCUGCUCCUCCGACGUCCCGCCGGGGGCCAUGCCGCACUUCACCGUGGUGCCGGUGGAGGACCAGUCGCGGGCCGGCUACGAUGCCUUGGAAGGGCUCAGCUGGGUGGACUACAGCCAGCCCGGGGCGGACGGCGCGCCCCGAGCCUCCUGCCAGCGCGAUGCCUACGACUCGGUCAGCUCCGACGGACAUGGCAACCAUAAAGAGAGUUGCCCCUUCCUCAACAGCUCGGAUCCAGGCAAAGGAGAUUACUAUGACCGAAACCUGGCCUUAUUUGAGGAAGAACUGGAUAUUCGUCCGAAGGUGUCUUCUUUAUUGGGCAAAUUGGUCAGCUACACAAAUCUCACUCAGGGAGCCAAGGAACACGAAGAAGCAGAAAAUGCCGAAGGCUCAAGAAGUAAAGUUUCAAAAUCUCCCAGUAUGGGUACCCUGAUGGGCGUCUACCUGCCAUGCAUGCAAAAUAUCUUUGGGGUCAUCCUUUUCCUUCGGCUGACAUGGAUAGUGGGGACAGCAGGUGUCUUCCAGGCCUUCCUUAUUGUCUUAAUCUGCUGCUGUUGUACCAUGCUGACAGCUAUAUCAAUGAGCGCAAUUGCAACCAAUGGGGUAGUUCCAGCUGGUGGUUCCUACUUCAUGAUCUCAAGAUCACUGGGUCCUGAAUUUGGAGGUGCAGUGGGACUGUGUUUCUACUUGGGAACAACAUUCGCAGGUGCCAUGUACAUCCUGGGUGCCAUUGAGAUCCUACUAACAUAUAUUGCUCCCCAGGCCGCCAUUUUCCAUUCAACUGGGGCCCAUGAUACUUCCAGUGCCACACUGAAUAAUAUGCGAGUCUAUGGGACCUUAUUUCUCAGCUUCAUGGCUCUUGUGGUCUUUGUGGGUGUAAAAUAUGUGAAUAAGUUUGCUUCACUCUUUUUGGCUUGUGUCAUCAUUUCCAUCUUAUCCAUCUAUGCUGGGUCAAUUAAAUCCAUCUUCAGUCCACCUUUUUUCCCGGUGUGCAUGCUGGGCAAUCGGACUCUUUCAAGGGACCAGUUUGAUAUGUGUGCCAAAACGACAGUGAUCAACAAUGAGACAGUCCCCACCAAGCUCACCAACCUCUUUUGCCCAGGUUAUAACACAACCUCCGGCCACUGCGAUGAAUAUUUUCAUUUAAAUAACGUGACCGAGAUUGUUGGUAUCCCGGGAGCAGCAAGUGGAAUUUUGAAAGAUAAUGUGUGGGGUCAUUACUUGGAGAAAGGCGAGAUCCUGGAAAAGGCGAGCUACCCUUCUGCUGACGUAGCUGGAAAUAAGAACAACCUUCACUUGUAUGUGUAUGCGGACAUAGCAACUUCCUUCACUGUCCUUGUUGGCAUCUUCUUCCCCUCUGUGACUGGCAUCAUGGCCGGCUCCAACCGAUCAGGUGACCUCAAGGAUGCUCAAAGAUCUAUUCCAGUGGGAACCAUUCUGGCUAUCGCCACCACAUCUCUUGUCUAUUUCAGCUGUGUGUUGUUGUUUGGAGCUUGCAUUGAAGGCAUUGUUCUUAGAGAUAAGUACGGUGAUGCCGUAAACAAGAACAUAGUGGUGGGCACGCUGGCCUGGCCCACGCCAUGGGUCAUCGUGAUCGGGUCCUUCUUCUCUACCUGUGGAGCAGGAUUGCAGAGCCUCACUGGAGCUCCGCGUCUCCUUCAAGCAAUUGCCAAAGAUAACAUUAUUCCAUUCCUCAGGGUGUUUGGCCACGGAAAGGCAAAUGGAGAACCAACCUGGGCUCUUCUGCUCACAGCCCUGAUUGCCGAGCUGGGCAUUCUAAUUGCCUCCCUUGACAUGGUGGCCCCAAUUCUUUCUAUGUUUUUCCUAAUGUGUUACCUGUUUGUCAACCUGGCCUGCGCAGUACAGACUCUCUUAAGAACUCCAAACUGGCGUCCCAGAUUUAAGUAUUACCACUGGGCCCUGUCCUUCUUAGGGAUGAGCAUCUGCCUUGCCCUGAUGUUCAUCUCCUCCUGGUAUUACGCUUUAGUGGCCAUGCUCAUUGCUGGCAUGAUCUACAAGUACAUUGAGUAUCAAGGGGCAGAGAAGGAAUGGGGUGAUGGGAUUCGGGGCCUCUCUCUAAGCGCUGCCCGGUAUGCUUUGCUGAGAUUGGAAGAAGGUCCUCCCCAUACCAAGAACUGGCGACCCCAACUGUUGGUGUUGCUGAAGCUGGAUGAGGAUUUGCAUGUGAAAUACCCCAGACUCUUGACAUUCGCCUCACAACUCAAAGCCGGGAAGGGGUUGACCAUUGUAGGGACUGCCAUACAAGGCAACUUUCUGGAAAGCUAUGGAGAAGCUCAGGCGGCUGAACAGGCCAUCAAGAAUAUGAUUGAAAUUGAGAAGGUCAAAGGAUUUUGCCAAGUUGUUGUGGCUAAUAAAGUCCGUGAUGGCAUUUCCCACUUGAUACAGUCCUGUGGAUUGGGUGGCAUGAAGCACAAUACUGUGGUUUUGGGGUGGCCCUAUGGCUGGAGGCAGAGUGAAGAUCCUAGAUCUUGGAAAACCUUUAUAGGUUUGGCGAAAGUGCAAAAUGCGAAUUUUCACCGUGGCCCAGAUGGACGACAACAGCAUCCAAAUGAAGAAAGACCUGGCGGUCUUCCUUUACCACCUCCGAAUCGAGGCAGAAGUAGAAGUGGUGGAGAUGCAAAACAGUGACAUCUCAGCCUACACUUACGAGCGGACCUUGAUGAUGGAACAGAGAUCUCAGAUGCUGAGGCAGAUGAGGCUGACCAAAACAGAAAGAGACAGGGAGGCUCAGCUGGUGAAGGACAGACAUUCGAUCGUAAGAUUAGAGAGCCUUUACUCCGACGAGGAAGAUGAAGGCGAAGCAAUCCCUGAAAAGAUCCAAAUGACUUGGACAAAAGCUAAACAUGACUUUGAGAAUCAAAUGGGAAAUCAUGUGAUGGAACACUUCAAAGAACUUAUCAGUCUUAAACCACAUGGAAUUUCUUGAAGUUUUAACGGAAGGUCUGGAGCGAGUCUUACUUGUUCGAGGAGGUGGCCGAGAAGUCAUUACUAUUUAUUCCUGAUCCAAAAAGAUCCUCUCUAGCUACUAUUUUACCUGCUUCACGAGAAAGGACGUUCCAGAUGGAGAAGACUUUGACUCCUCUUGCUUUCUGUUCCUCGGUUUUCACACGUGUGCCCCAAUACACUACAGAUGUGAACGCAAAUUCCAGUGAAUUUUUCCAUUUGCCAUGUAUCUGAAUAUCUCUGCCAGGGACACACAUUUAAUCACAGAGGCUGGGGUGCCGGUUGGCUUCUGCUUUUCUAUUCCGACAGAUUUGUGUGCAGUUUCAAGGCAGGAGGUUUUUGUAUUAUUUUUUUUUUUUCAAAAAACCAAGUACAAAAUUUUUAAUGUUGUGUACCUUGUGCUAAAGGAGGACUGGAUUUGGUUAUUAGGUAACAGGAUUUAGAACAAACCAAUUUCUCCGUUAGGAUUUUACGGGGACUUUAAUAGAACUGCUAGGUGGGGUUUUUUUCUGCUCAGUAUUUUCUACCUGAAAAUAACCCUGCAUUGUUUUUAAAAUGUGUUAUGUGUGUAGUUUUUGUAAACCCACCACAGCCACAAUUUCAGUGUUGGAUAAAGAAUUUAUACUUUCAUCGGUUUUAAAUUAUAACACAACGGUUUCUUGCAGUGUUACAUUCAAAACUGGGGGUCUCGGAUUGAAAUAGACUCUCUAUGACCUAUUUAUUAUUUUUCUCUCUAUUUAUUGAUUAGAAUCCAUGGCAAUAAAAGAUCACCUAGAGUAAUUUGUUAAGGUCGCGCACAAAGAGACCCUGCUGGCAACAUUUGCAACUGUCGGCUUAGAGGUUUUCUUAAGGGGUAUUUUUUUAAAGGUUUACUGCUAGCUUUGUUCUCUUCCAAACUGCAGGCAAAUAUAUACUAGGUUACACUUAUCAAAACAUGUUAAGUGCACCAUAUACAGUUUGAAGAGUGUAGACAUUAAGGAAAGGACAUUUUAUACUCGAAACGUACAGCUUUUUAAAUUAGUUUUCACAUCCAUUCAUUUGUACUUAUUGAUACAGUCUGUAUCGCUCUUUUUCCAAUAAAACGUUGCAUACUUUUGAAUCUGUA